AUGUCUGCGACAGGUACUCCCGACCCGUCGACCGUUUCGACCUCCGCGACCGCGGCUGCGCACACAACUUCACCCUCAUCGGCCGCCACAACCCCUUCUCCAUCCACUUCUAGUGCUACGACCGCCCCUUCCACAUCAGCUCGCCGUCCUCAGCGGAAAAGCACCCUCACCCAACAACAAAAGAACAAUAAGCGCCAACGGGCGACUCAGGACCAGCUAGUUCUUCUCGAGGUGGAAUUCAACAAGAACCCUACCCCCACGGCUGCCACGCGAGAAAGGAUAGCGCAGGAAAUCAACAUGACUGAGCGCUCCGUCCAGAUUUGGUUUCAGAACAGGCGCGCAAAAAUUAAGAUGCUUGCGAAAAAGAGCAUCGAAACCGGUGAAGGUUGCGACUCUAUUCCCGAGUCGAUGCGCCAAUACCUAGCUAUGCAAUUUGAUCCCACCAAACCGGGUUCGCGAGACCCCUUUGGCCGGACCGGCGGAUAUGGAGCCAGUGGUGCUUUUCCCAAUGAGCCUAUCCCCACAGGCAAAGUCGUGAUUCACCAUUUUACCUGUCGAUCCCUGACAAUUGGAAGUUGGAGGCGCAUCGGACAAAAUGCAAUGGAUCUGGUUGUUUUCUACUCUCCCGAAAAGGCGUGCAUGACAUACUACAUCAACAAUGAUGCGGCUGGGUACAAAAUCGAAUACCCCUUUGCUUACAUCAAGAACAUCACAUUGGAAUCGGGCGACCAGGGGCCGCAACCCAACGGUGCGCCUGCGCGUCCUACCGGCCUGGUUGUUGAGUUGAACCGACCGCCCCUCUUUUACAUGGAUUCCUCCAACUCCGGGGGUUUCUACCAGUGCGGCGACUUUACGGAGGAUCAGCAAGCAAGUUCGAUGAUGGUACACCGUCUUGGUGGACAUCCCAAGGUUCUGAGCGUUCAACUUGCAAAGUUGGUGUCGUUGGAAUCAUUCCAGAAUCGUCUGGCGUAUGGAAACUUCCCGUCCAACGGCCCCAUGUCCCCGCCUUUCAUUCAACGCCCAGCUUCGCAGCCAAACCAGUUUGCUCCCGGAUUUAUGGGUAUGUAUGCAGAGAACCCAGCCGUGAUGAACCUCCAGGCUACGCGUGGACAUAAACGGCAACGGAGCCGCUCCGUCCCCGUGGCAGUUGAUUUCUCGACAUUGGGAGCGCCGAUGACGCCGUUCAGCAUGCCACAAGCGCCGCAGUAUAACCAGAACGAUUCGAGUAUAUACGCCCCGGUACCACAGUCGGCACACUCCCUCGCUACAAACCUUCGCAUUGAUACGUCCUCUGGCUAUGCGUUUGAUCCCCGCACUCAUCCUAUGUCGGCUACCACAACUGCGUCUCCGUCGGAUUUCGCCAGCCCAGCCCUCUUUAGCUCAGCGCCCCAAGGAGAUUCGACACCGGUGGCUGGAAACCUGGGAUCUCAGUUCACUCUGCCGUUUGUGUCGCCUGCUGUUGAAUCAGGAGUAGCCACCCAGGCUGCUUCCCCAUACUCGAAUGUGAGCCACGUCGAUCCCAUGAUCGCCAAUCAUUCCCCUCCCUUGACAAGCAUGUCACACACGCCACAAGACAUGUACAGCAUGGGAAACGAGCACCAGACCAACUAUACUGAGGAUGGUCUGCCCAUGGGUGGGAUGUUCAAACACAUGAAUUUCCCGGUAUCUACAUCAAUGGGUCUUGAAAGCAACACGUACGAGAUGCCGAUGCACCCCAUGUCUGGGCACAAUUCACCCGGAAUCCAGGGUGAAUAUCAGGGUAUGACAUUGGAAAACGUCGAUCCAAAUGUUUUGACUCCUGGCUCAUGA